UAACAUUGAAAUUCGAAUUAAUAAUAAAUAAAAGUGAGAUUAUUAACUGUUCGUCGUGACAUUAAGUUGUGAAAUUUUAAACUACAAAAUGUCAACGCCUUCACCAAAAUCUCCGGAGCCGUCUGAAAAAAGUAAAAAAUACGACCGGCAAUUAAGACUAUGGGGUGAUCAUGGCCAAAGCUGUUUAGAAUCAGCUCGUGUCUGCUUAAUAAAUGCAACUGCACUUGGAAGUGAAAUUCUCAAAUCUCUCGUUCUUCCCGGAAUUGGUACUUUUACAAUUGUCGAUAGCGCAACCAUUCAAGAGGAGGACAUUGGUUGCAAUUUUUUUGUAGAAGUUGAUAAUUUAGGUGAAUCCCGUGCUCAAGUUACAACCCAGUAUUUGUUAGAAUUAAAUCCGGAUGUACACGGUGAUUAUAUUGAUACAUCGUUAGAUAAAUUAUUAAUUGAUACUCCAGAAUUUUUUAAUUCAUUCUCCUUAAUUAUUGCAACUGAUGUUUCUGAGAAGCAUACAAUUUUAUUAUCGAAAAAAUUAUGGGAAAUGAAUAUUCCAUUGUUAAUAUGCCGUAGUAUAGGAUUUGUUGGGUACUAUCGAAUUCAAGUGAAGGAACAUACAAUAAUCGAAGCUCAUCCAGAUAAUGAAAUAUCCGAUUUACGUUUAGAUAAACCAUUUCCGAGUUUGAUUGAAUAUAUGGAUGGAAUUGAUUUAGAUUCUAUGCCUUUAAAGGAGCAUAGUCAUACGCCUUAUUUAAUUGUUUUAUAUAAAUAUUUACAAAAGUGGCAAAAAGAAAGUGGAAAAAUUUUACCUGGUAAUUUUAAAGAAAAACAACAAUUACGAGAUUUAAUUAGAAGUGGUAUUCGCAUUGAUGAACAAGGAGUUAUAAUUGAUGAAGAAAAUUUUGAAGAGGCAAUACGAGCGGUAAAUUCAAAUGUGAGUUUAACUCGCAUUCCAUCUAACGUUCAAGAAAUUCUGAACGACAAUAGUUGCAUAAAUCUAACACAAAAAAGCAAACCAUUUUGGAUAAUGGCAAAAGCUUUAAAUGAUUUUGUGAAUAAUGAAGGUAAUGGAUGUCUUCCUGUACGUGGAUCAAUUCCUGAUAUGACUGCUGAUACAGCUAGUUAUAUUAAUCUUCAGCAAAUUUAUCAUAAACAAGCAAACGCAGAUGCUGACAUAAUCUACCGAAGAACUCAACAAUUAUUACAUGAAUUAGGGCAACCACCGGAUAUUAUUACGGAACAAGAUGUGAGAUUAUUUUGUAAACACUCACACGAAUUAACGGUUGUGCGUGGAACAUGUAUUGCUGAUGAAUAUUCAGCACAUCCAUCAAUUUUGAAAAAUUAUACAGUGAACAGUUUAGAAGCGCCAGAUAGUUUGCUGAUAUAUUACGUUAUGAUACGAGGAAUAGAUCGUUUUCGUACCGAAUAUAAUGCUUAUCCAGGUGAAUUCGAUGAUCAAGUAGAACCAGAUAUUGUCAAAUUAAAGGCUUGCCUAUCCAAAUUAUUAAAUGAAUGGGGUUGGUCAAUUUCAAAAGAUGAUUAUGUCCAUGAAUUUUGCCGUUACGGUGGUGCAGAAUUACAUACAAUAUCAGCAUUUUUAGGUUCUUGUGUGGCCCAAGAAGCGAUUAAAUUCAUAACACAUCAAUACAAACCUGUUCAUAAUACUUUUAUAUACGAUGCAAUGUCCUCUAAUACUGCUACUUUCAUUUUGUAAAAAAAAAAAAACACUUAG